AUGGAUCUUCCAAAAGAAGUUCAGAUAAAGUAUUCCGGUGUUUCAGGUGGCAUUGCAGGUUGCUUCACUCGAAUGAUCUGCCAACCGUUGGACGUGGUGAAGAUUCGCUUACAGCUUCAAGUAGAACCGAUCGAUGUCAUAUCGAGGUCUUCCAAAUAUCGCACCAUACCGCAGACCGUGGUUAGAAUCUUCGCCGAAGAAGGUGUAAUGGCCUUCUGGAAGGGUCACGUUGCUGCUCAAAUGCUGUCGAUGAUGCAGGGCCUAACUCAGUUCGCAUUUUAUGAACGAUUUAAUCGGGUCUUGCGUGAAUCCACCCUAUUCGAGGGUCAUGACCGUACGAGAAAUUUCGUGUGUGGAGCUGGCAGUGGAUCGUUUGCCACGUUGAUCGUGAUGCCAUUAGAUGUCAUAAGAACGAGAUUUGUGGCUCAGGACUCAGUCGGUAUUUACCGGAACACGUUGCAUGCGUUCGAGCAAAUCCGCUAUCAAGAAGGCAUUCGAGGAUUGUAUCGCGGACUUGGGCCGGCCAUACUCCAGAGCGCACCACUAACUGGUGGGCAGUUUAUGUUUUAUAACUUGUUUGGAAAUGUAACAAAAAGGAUCAAAGACAUGCCUUCGGAGGCAAUGCUAGCUCCCAUAGAAUUACUUGGAUGUGGUGCCCUUUCUGGAAUUUGUACAAAACUUCUCCUUUAUCCGUUGGAUUUAACCAAGCACAGAUUACAAAUUCAGGGAUUCUCCAAGGGCAGACAGACAUUUGGACAGCACUUCGUCUGCAGUAACAUGUUACAGUGUAUGCACAAGACUGCAUGUGAAGAAGGAGUUCGGGGGCUUUAUAAAGGAAUUAGUCCAGGUUUGUUAAAAGUUGGUUUCAGUUCGGCAAUAUUUUUCACUGUUUAUGAUGAAAUGCUUUAUGUACUAAAUAGAAAACAUAACAACUAUUGA